AUUUUUACCUCAAUUGAGCUUCCUAAUGUUUGUUUCCCAAGAAAAAAACUUGGAAGCACCAUGAUGGUGCAAGGAAGUUCUAGAGGUUGUGGGGUUUGCAUAACGUUGCUCAUGGUUGUGAAGGGGGAGGAUGGGUGGAACAUGGAUGGAGGUGUUGGAGGGUGCAAGGGUGCCGGAUGAUGUGGGAAGGCAAGGUAAGGAUUAGACUAUAAUUUGAGGGAAGAAGAUUAUUGAUCUAUAUCCUAGACCUCCAUUAUACAUUUACAUGCUGUGUGAUGAAAACUUAGAGAUGGAAAAUCAAGAUGUGAUUGUUGA